AUGGCGCCUAAGAAGAAGGGAAACAAGCGGCAAGAGCAAGACUGGGAGGCAGAAUUGGGAGAAGACGCACCAGCUGCAGAGCCCCAGCCCGCGGAGGAGCCUGCCACCGAGGGAGCAGAGGAAGAAAUGAGUGGCAGCGGCGGUCUUCUCGCUGCGCUCCGGAAAAACAAGACCAAGAAAGCCAAGAAGGGGAAGCAGGAUAACGACUUUGUUGAGGGGGAAGAUCCUACAAAGGAGGCAAAUGAUGCUGUUGAUUUGGCCAGCAAGGCACCGCAAGAAGGCUCCUUCGAAGAUGAGGAGGAGGAUGUGUUUGCCGGAAACCAGAAGAGCGCCAAGGCUGCCGCCGCAGCAGCAAAGGCUAAAAAGACCGAGGAGCCUGAGGGUGAGUUCCGUGUGAAGUCUAAGAAGGAGAAGGAGAAGGAAAAGAAGGAGAGAGAGAAACAACGUAAGAAGGAACAGGCUGCUACUAAGAAGAAGCCUGGAGACAACAAGAAAGAAACAGCCAAGCAAGCCUCUUCGCCCAAGGAUGAAGCCUCUCCCGAGCCUUCCCCCGCUGCUGCUCCUGCUCCGGAACCCGCCGGCGGCGGCAAGAAGAAGAAGCUUCCCGCCCACCUAGUCGCUAUCCAGAAGCAGCAGGAAGCACUUCGAAAGCAGCGUGAAGAAGAAGAGCGAAUUCGCGCUGAAGAGAGGGCUGCGCUAGAGGAACAACGCAUCCUUGACGAGGAAGAAGAGAGACAGAAGGAGGAAGCUCGUCAGAAGAAGAAGGAGAAGGAGAAGGAAAAGAAAGAACAACUUAGACGUGAAGGCAAGCUCCUCAGCAAGGCCCAAAAGGAAGCUCAGCAACGCAAUGAAAUGCGUAUGAAGCAAAUGCUUGCGGCUGGUGUGGGUACAGUUGCCGGUCUCGAAGCAAACCAGGCCGAGAAGAAGAGACCCGUCUACGACACCAAGAAGAAGAAGGGCCCGAAGAAGCAGGAGGAAGACCUUGAGGCUGCUGCUGCUCGUGCUAAGGCUCAGCGUGAAGCCGAGGAAGAGCGCCGCAAGAAGGAGGAAGAGGAGCGGAAGGCCAAGGAAGAAGCCGAGGCUGCCGCCGUUGCUGCCUCACAGGAACAAGAGAGCGAGGGUGAAGAUUGGGAGAAGAUGGCCGAUGCUGACGACGUCAAGGACAGUUGGGAUGCUCCCUCUGAUGAAGAAGGGGAGAAGCCGAAGGCUGCUGCGAAGGAGUCCGAGAAGCCCGCAGACACUGCUGCCCCCAAGAAGGAUGAAUCUGAGAGCGAGUCGGAGUCUGAGUCUGAAUCGGAGUCCGAGGAUGAGGAGCAGUCGACUGCCAAGCGGGCCGUUGCUCAACGGAAAGCCGAAGCCGCCGAGCGUAGAAAGAGGCAGUACGAGGAGGCCAUGGCUGCCCGGUCGAAGGACAACCUUCGUUCCCCCAUUUGCUGUAUUCUUGGACACGUCGACACAGGAAAGACCAAGCUACUGGACAAGAUUCGUCAGACUAAUGUCCAGGAAGGCGAAGCUGGUGGUAUUACCCAACAGAUUGGUGCUACUUACUUCCCCGUUGACGCCCUUCAGACCAAGACUGCCGUCGUCAACAAGGAUGGCAAGUUUGAAUUCAAGAUCCCUGGUCUGUUGAUUAUCGAUACUCCUGGUCACGAGUCUUUCUCCAACUUGCGUUCGCGUGGUUCGUCUCUCUGUAAUAUUGCCAUCCUGGUCGUUGAUAUCAUGCACGGUCUCGAGCCUCAGACUUUGGAGUCCAUGAGAUUGCUUCGUGACCGUCGGACGCCUUUCAUCGUUGCUCUGAACAAGAUCGAUCGUUUGUACGGCUGGAAGAAGAUUGACAACAACGGCUUCCAGGACAGUUUGGCGAUGCAGAACAAGGGUGUUCAAAACGAGUUCCGUACCCGUCUUGACCAUACCAAGCUUCUUUUCGCUGAGCAGGGUUUCAACUCGGAGCUCUUCUACGAGAACAAAUCGAUGUCCCGGAACGUUUCCCUGGUCCCCACUUCGGCACACACUGGAGAGGGUAUUCCUGACAUGUUGAAGCUGCUGACCACUUUGACCCAGGAGCGUAUGACCAACGCCCUGAUGUAUCUCUCCGAGGUCGAGUGUACCGUCCUUGAAGUCAAGGUCAUUGAAGGUCUCGGUACCACCAUUGACGUUGUCCUGUCGAAUGGUAUCCUUCGCGAAGGCGAUCGAGUCGUACUGUGCGGUCUCAACGGGCCUAUAUCAACGAACAUUCGAGCACUCUUGACACCAGCACCGCUUAAGGAACUUCGUCUGAAGUCAGCAUACGUCCACAACAAGGAGGUCAAGGCCUCCCUGGGUGUAAAGAUCGCCGCCAACGAUCUUGAACAAGCCAUUGCUGGUUCUCGUCUGAUGGUUGUUGGACCUGACGAUGACGAGGAAGACAUUGAGGAAGAGGUCAUGUCCGACCUGGAACAGCUUCUUAGCAAGGUCUCCAAGGACCAGCGUGGUGUUAGCGUCCAGGCUUCCACCCUUGGUUCGCUUGAAGCGUUGCUGGAAUUCCUUCGUGUGUCCAAGAUUCCUGUUGCCAACAUUUCCAUUGGUCCUGUCUACAAGCGUGAUGUGAUGAUGGCUGGAACCAUGCUGGAGAAGGCCAAGGAAUUUGCAGUCAUGCUGUGCUUCGAUGUCAAGGUGGACAAGGAAGCGUACGCCUAUGCUGAGGAGGUUGGCGUCAAAAUUUUCACAGCCGACAUUAUUUACCACUUGUUUGAUGACUUCACCAAGCACAUGGCUGAACUGACCGAGCAACGGAAGGAGGAAAGCAAGCUGCUUGCUGUCUUCCCUUGCGUGCUCAAGCCCGUUGCUGUCUUCAACAAGAAGGACCCUAUUGUCAUUGGUGUCGAUGUGAUUGAGGGAAGUCUCCGGAUGAACGCACCUCUUUGCGCCAUCAAGACAAACGCAACUGGACAGAAAGAAAUCCUCGACAUCGGCAGAGUUGUGUCCAUUGAGCGUGACCACAAGCCGGUCCAAGUCACCAAGAGAGGUCAGCCCUCUGUUGCUGUCAAGAUCGAGGGAUCCAAUCAGCCCAUGUACGGCCGGCACCUCGAAGAGAAGGACCAACUGUACUCGCGCAUCUCUCGUGCCAGUAUCGACACGCUCAAGGAGUUUUAUCGACCCGAAGUGUCGAUGGAGGAAUGGGCUCUUGUCAAGAAGCUCAAGCCUGUGUUCGACAUUCCUUGA